AUUGUGGGAUUGCGGAGGAGUGGGGUGGUGAAUGGUGCAACACAACUUCAGAAAUGGAUGUGUUUUUAAUGAUCCGGCGUCAUAAGACAACAAUCUUCACCGAUGCAAAGGAGUCCACAACAGUUUAUGAGCUGAAACGCAUCGUUGAGGGCAUCAUGAAGAGACCACCUGAGGACCAGAGACUUUACAAGGAUGAUCAGCUGCUAGAUGAUGGGAAAACACUGGGAGAUUGUGGCUUCACUAAUCAGACAGCCAGACCUCAGGCUCCUGCUACAGUCGGACUCGCCUUCCGAAUUAGUGAUGAUGCCUUUGAGCAGCUCCAAGUGGAUCCGUUCUCAAAUCCUCCUGAGCUUCCUGAUGUGAUGAAACCUCAGGAUUCAGGCAGCACGGCCAACGAGCAGUCAGUGCAGUAAAAAAAAAAAUUUCACAAUGCAGUUGGAGGAGGAGAAAUCUGCUGCUCCGUUACGAGGAGCUUUCACCUGGACUGAGCACUCCAGAAGGGGUUAGGGGUUUCAGAAACCAAAACAGGACACAGCUGCCCCCUUCCCCCAUCCUACAAAAACACACACAUCAUCAUUUAGCUUAUUACAUUUCUUUGUUAAAUCUGAACUGACGCGCAUUUCCACCUCACUGUGUCUGUGAGACACACAUACACUUUCUUUAAACCUGAUCGCAGCUUGUUUUUGCAGUGUAAAGACAUUUUGUGGUGUUAGCAUUCAUUAAAACAGAAAGAAAGCAACUCUUGCGUUUUGCAGUGAGAGAUUGUGAAGUUCAAGGGAGAGGCAUGCGGGAAUUGCACCAUAUUUUUCACUCGAGCCUGCAUCCAUAGUGCAUUAUGUAAUUUAUGUUUGUGGUUUUUUUUUUUUUAAAUAAUGAAUUAAGCAACCCUUUUAGGCACUGAUUAUUAAAGAUCUGAAUUUUA